UCAUGUCAUCUUGACACUUGCAGUGAUUAGCAAAUAGCACUAUUAGUAAAAACUAAAAAUUUGUAAUAAAAUCGUAGAACAAACCAGUGAGAAUACAAGAGCAAAUAAUUUAGUGUAUAAGUAGUCAAACAAACCCUACAAAAUGUUCAUGGCAUUACCGCUUGUCGGGUUCAUGUGUUCAAUAGGCGCUGUAAUAUGCGUCUCCAACCCCGUUGAGGAAGAAGUCGGAAGCGGGCGAUAUGUGAUCGAAGGCCGAGUGUUCCCCGCGGACGAUCCUAACGUGGGGACCUGGCAGGUGGACACGCGCAUCCACGUCAACGGAGGCGAGUACAUCGGUUUCAUUCGCGACGACGGCUCUUUCAUCAUACACAAUGUGCCUUCAGGGUCCUACAUCGUCGAAGCCGUCCACCCGGACUACAUGUACGAGCCCGUGCGCGUCGAAAUCAACUCCAAAGGCAAAUACCGCGCCAGGAAAGUCAAUUUCGUGCAAACUUCACAAGUAAUACAAGUGCCAUACCCGCUAAGAAUGAAAGUGUUGUCCAAAUUCAGAUAUUUCCAAGUCCGCGAACAAUGGAGGUUGACCGACUUCCUGUUCAAUCCCAUGGUGAUCAUGAUGGUCCUCCCGCUCCUGCUUAUCAUGGUUCUGCCCAAAAUGAUGAAUGAUCCAGAGACCAAAGAAGAUUUGAAGCAGAUUAGCAAUUUGGCGAAGAUGGGUGAAAUGCCAGAGAUGUCAGAAAUGUUUACAAACUUGUUCAGUGGCGGUGCACCGAAGCCUGCUGCUAAGGCUAAACAGAUAAAGAAGAGACAGUAGUUAAUUAGCAAAUUUAUUUAUUUAUAAUGAAUCAUUGUGUAGUUUUCUUGCAGAAUAAAAUAGUAAUCACUUUAAAA